GCCAUGUGUCGCCCCCUGGUGUUGAGUGAGUGUCGGUGCAGUGUCCAGCAGCGGGCGGACAGUGAGAACAGUCCGGAAACAGUGAGCUGUGAGCGGACCCACUAACCUCCAUCUGGACGGAGCCGCCUCCAGGUUCCUCCCCGGAGCUCCUGCCUUCAGUCCCGCGGACCUGAGAUGGAUUAACCGGGGCGGGGACCCCCUGAAGCCCGCGGCUGCUGCAGGCUCCUCCUACCACGUGGCCUCAUGGCGUCCCGGCUGCUGGAUCGUCUGAAGCGGUCGCUGUUCAAAGAUGUUCACUGGGAGGUAACGGAACAGGAAGCAGGAGACACACAGGAGGUGGAGGAGUUUGAUGAGGACCGGUGGGAGGCGGAACUGGCGGAGGAGGAGGAGUGCGUGACUGAUCGCCUGGGGGGGACUCUGUCCUUCGAUAGCGCAGGAGGAGGAGGAGUGGAAGAAAGUGGCGAGGGGCUGGACAGUGACUCCGACUUCCUGGGAGAGUCGAUGGAGGAGGGGCUCAGCAGCACAGAUGCCAGUCCUGUCGGUGCGUCACCUGUCGGCCCCUCCCCCUCCUCCCUGCUGACACGGCAGCUUCAGGAGAGCUGGAGGAGCCUGUGCGGACUCGAAGGAGGAAGUCCCGUCCCCUCUGGACGACGGCUGAUGGACAACUUGUUGUUUGAGGUCACCGACGCCAGUGUGAUGCAGGACGGCUCCGCAAAAUACGUGCUCUACACCGUCCACGUGAUCCAGACCGGCGGCAGCGACAAGACGCCUGCUGUCAUCACCCGCCGCUACUCCGACUUUCAGCGCCUUCAUGCCACACUGAGGCGAAAUCAUUCAGACCUGAUGGAUCGUGUGUGUUUUCCACGUAAGAAGCUGCGGAGGAACUUCACGGCCGAGACGAUCGCCAGACGCAGCCGGGCCUUUGAACAGUAUCUGUCUCACCUGUGUUCACUGCCCGUCCUGCGGGGGGCGCUCUGUGUGCGACAGUUCUUCUACCUGACCGACCUGCAUGCUGGACAGCUGCUCAUCAGGGUGGGACGUUACCAGGAGGCGCUGGGUCCGCUGCUCAACGCCAAGAGGCUGCAACAGAAACUGGGCUGGGCCAGUUACUACGACACCCAGGCUCAGGCCCUGCCCCCGGCCUCCUCCCAUUGGUUCUUCACCCUCGUGGGGCUGUCGUGCUGUUUCCAAGAAGUGGACCAGCUGGAGGAGGCCGGGGAUCACUGUGACCACGCCCUCCGUGUCCUGACGCCCGCCGACCCUCAAACUGACGCACAGGACAAGCCCAUCCCACAGAAUGCUGCACCCCUCCCACAAAUGGACAGGCCACACCCCCUCCUGUUACCGUUGCUGAGGGCGGUGGUUCGGCUUUUAUGGCAGACGGGACGAGACAAGCGGCAGUGGGAGGAGCUUUUGCAGCAGCUUGAGGAGCAGUGGGCGGGGCUAGACAAUCAGCCAACCAUCAAAGAGUUUCUGGUAAAACACAACCUGCAAGAGAGUGAGGGGGCGGGGUUAGCAUGACGUCACACAUCGCAGUGCGACACGACAGAAACAUCAAAAUAAUUUAUCCAGAAUAAAAUAAGAUAUAGAAGAAAGUGAUGUCAUCAGAGAAAAUUAUAUAAAGAGGAAAAAUAAUUAUAUGAGCGAAGUUUAAGUUAUUAUAAAAAUAUUUUAUCGAUACGACUUCGCAUCCACAAGAAAAAUGUGGAAAAAUUCAAAUUACAGUAAGAGAAGGUCAAUUUGUAAUAAAUCAGUUAUUUCAGUUUUUACUCAAUAAUUUUUUACAACUGUUGGGAUAUUGUGUAAAAUAUUUUGAG